AUGCGACCAUCCUUCUCCCACUACCAUCACAACUACUCCAACUACCACAACCACAACUCCCACUACCACAACUCCCACUAUAACAAAUUGUCUUCAAGCAAUGACUCCCACUACCCCAAAAACUACUCAAACUCCCAUAACCAGAACCCCCUCUACAACUACCACAACCCCCACCACAACACCUCCAACUGCUACAACUACCAUACCCAUAGCUCCAAUCACAACUACCACAACAACUACUCCAACUACCAUGACCACAACGCCCACCACCACAACUACUACUCCAACCCCCACUACUUCCAGCAAAACUCCCACUACAACUCCUACUACUACAAGUCGUGUACCCAUCUGAUCUACGCCUUCUCUGACAUCAAUGAAUUCAAUGAGCUGGUCCCCACUAGAAGAGCAGACAUUGUCCGCUACCAGUUGCUUAAUGGGCUCAAAACCAGAAAUCCUUCACUCAAAACCCUGUUGGCUGUUGGUGGCCCCACCUUUAACAGAGAAAAAUUCACUACGAUGGUGUCAACUACACAGAAGAGAACAACGUUCAUCCAGUCUGCUGUCGCACUACUGAGAUUAUUUCAGUUUGAUGGGUUAAACCUGGACUGGAUGUACCCUGUGGGAGCAGGAGGCGACCCAGACAACAAGCAGAAAUUUACACUGUUGUGCAAGGAGCUCAAUGCUGCCUUUGAGACUGAAGGGAACGAACAUAACCGUGACCGAUUAAUCCUCACAGCAAGUGUCUCUGCUGAGAGAGAGGUCAUUGAUGCCAGUUAUGAAGUCAAAAAGAUUAUCAAGGACCUGGACUUCCUCAAUGUGCUGACGUUUGACUUUCAUGGCCCCUGUGAAAAUGUCACAGGACAUCACAGUCCCUUAUUCAGGGGAUCCCACGAUACUGGAGACAAAAUCUACUAUAAUACUGACUCUGCCAUGCAGUAUUGGUUGGACAAGGGAGCACCUGCACAAUUGCUUAAUUUGGGACUAGCUGCAUAUGGGCGAGCUUUUUCCCUCUCCUCUGCAUCCAGUGAUGUUGGAGCUCCAGCCAGCGGCGCUGGUAAAAAAGGCUGCUACACUGGUGAAGAAGGAUUCUGGGCCUAUUAUGAGACUUGCCUUUAUACUAAAGGGGCUACAGUCCACUGGAUUGCUGAUCAGAAAGUUCCAUAUGCCAUCACAGAAAACCAGUGGGUUGGAUUUGAUGACACACUCAGCAUUAGUACAAAGGUCAGUUACCUAAAAGCAAAAAGCUUUGGAGGAGCCUUUGUUUGGUCUCUGGACCUGGAUGACUUCAGUGGAAAGUUUUGUAAACAGAGCAAAAGUCCCUUCAUUAGCCACCUGAAUUCUCUCCUGGUUCAAUGUCCCUGUUAUGGAGUGACAGCCGGGCUGGUUCCCAAUCCCUCGGACAAAGGUUCUUUUUUCAACUGUGGCCCUGAUGGAGCCUCCCCCCACCACAACUCUUACAACCACUACUCCCACAACCACUACCACCACAUCUACUCCAACUACUGCAACCACAACUACUCCGACUACCACCAGAACUACUCCAUCUACCAUGACCACAACUCCAACAACUACUCCAGCUACGACAACCACAGCUCCCGCCACCACAACUCCCACAACCCCAACUACUACAACCACAACUCCCAGUACCACCACAACUACUCCAACUACCACAACUCCAACUCCCACAACUCCUACCACCACAACUCCUACUGA